AUGGCGUCAGCCAACUCGCUCCGAUGCCUCAUGAGGCCGACUAUUCCCAGGGCUCCCCGAAUUCAGCCUGUCCUUCUGGCCCCGUUCUCGACUUCGAGCUCUCUUUUUGCCGUCUCAGCCCCUCCAGCUAUCAAGAGCCGAAGAGACUUGCCCCAGAAGGUCAAGAAGUCGUACAAGAAGCGUGCCAAUGUAGCGCCUGUCCGAAAACCCCAGCCCGGCGAGCGCAAGGCGUUCCGAAAGCGCAUUCAGCUCAGCAACAACAGUGCCCUACCCGUGCAAGGCUUGGGAACGUUGGAUGCGAAGAACAUGGCUCAGGACUCGAGUGUUGCAAAGGUGUUUGCUGUGCCUGAUCCGGUGGUGGAUCAUCUCCGUGCUCUCGAGGCUUUUAAGACAACACAGACUUGGAACCUAUUCCGAAAACCCCACGUUUUGCUGCGUAAGGAGACGGUGGAGUUGAUGAAGAAGCUGGAACUAUCGGCUAAGGAGAAGAAGGCUCUCAAGUGUGUGUUGACGGGUAGCAAGUUGUCAGGAAAGAGCAUGACCAUGCUGCAGGCCAUGGCUUAUGCCCUUCUUAACAACUGGGUGGUGUUCCACAUUCCCGAAGCUCAAGAUUUAACCAACGGUAACACUGAGUACUCACCUAUCCCUGACACAGAACCCAUCCAGUUCUCUCAGCCUAUUUACUGCCUCAAGAUGAUCCAGACCCUUUACAGAGCCAACCGUGUUGUUCUUGAGAAACUCAACAUCGAGAAGGACUGGUCAAAGUUCACCAACUUGAAGCAGGGCGCCACCCUCGCUGAUCUGGCCCUCAGCGCAAAGGAGGCUGAAUACGCCUGGCCAACUCUUCUUGCCCUCUGGACAGAGCUCACUUUGCCCGGUCGACCCCCCGUGCUCUUCGCUCUCGAUGGCCUUGCACAUAUCAACAAGAUCAGCGACUACCGGGAUGCCGCCUUUAACCAGGUCCAUGCCCACGAGCUGACCAUUGUGCGUCUGUUUAUUGACGCCCUAUCCGGCAAGGCCUCUCUACCCAAUGGCGGUGCUGUCAUCGCCGCUACCUCCGAGAACAACUCUCACCACCAUCCCUCUCAGGAGCUUGUCCUCUCUCAACUCGAGGCCGGUCAAUAUGGCAGUGAAAUCCCCAAGCCUGACCCCUAUGAGCGUAAUUACGAUGAGCGUGUUUAUGAAGCUUUGAAGAACGCAUGGGUCCUUCGCCUUGAGGGAGUCAGCAAAGAUGAAGCUCGCUCUCUGAUGGAGUAUUGGGGAGCGAGUGGAAUGUUCCGCCACGUGCUCAAUUCACGGACAGUUUCUGAGAAGUGGACUGUGGGAGGUCAUGGUAAUGUCGGUGAGAUGGAGCGCGCAUCUUUGAUGCAGAUGAGGCUAUAA